AUGUCAUCGAGAGGUACUCUAGAAUCAUGGGAAGAUGAGACAUUUGAUACAACAUUGCAGCCAGAGAAGCAACAACAGGAGCGUGAGCAGAGAAAGGGAUUGAUCAACCUGCCAUCAGAGCACGAGCUAAACCAUGAGGAUGCUCCAACUCAUCAAGGAUACUCAUUAGAGACUAUUCAUCCAUACUUUGAAUCAAAGCCAACAUUCAAGAUACUCGCAAGGAAGAAAGAGACAACUACUACUGAAGUAGCACCUCAAAAGCAACCUACAAAGACAUUGGAGGAAAGGGAAAAGGAUUAUCAAAGAGCAAGAGCACUGUAUUUAGGUAGCGAGGAUAAUACCAUCACUACUACAUCAACUACUAAUACUACUGGAUCAUCAACAACAACAACUGGAAGUGGAAGUGGAAAUAAUAGUCCAAUUUAUAACAGUCCAAAGAAUACGACGAGGGAUCGUUCAAAUGUUUAUUCGCCAGGUUCACUCAAGAAGAGUGCACCUGCUGGAAAGGGUGUUGGUGUCACUCAAUCAUCAACUGAACAACAACAAUCCAAUAACAGUGGCAACAGCAGUGGCAGCAACACUUCACAUCGACAACCUGUUGGACCUGAUGGAUCAACGAGAGGAUUCAGUGGUCGAGGUAGCAGGCGACAUCCAAACAGUAGCAGCAGCAACAAUUAA